AUGUUAUUCAACAUGUCCUGCAUUUGCACGAAGAUUUUUACAUCACUUUUUUUAAUUCUCUUUAAUGGUAACACAAUGGCACGUGUCAUCAAGGGAAUGAUGAUCAAAUGUGAUCCCUCCAUAAAGUCGUUGGUAGUAAAGAUUGAUCAGGAUUACAGGGAUAUCAUUAUCGAGGAACUGGACGAUCAACAUUUGUUGAUUGAUCCAAGCAAGUUGGCAUUUGUGAAAAAGGAAUUGAACAAAGUGUUGGCAGAUAAUACAUAUAAUCCAUUCGAUGAUGAGGAGAAGUAA